AUGGCGUCGCAAUUUGAAAAGGGACAUGAAAUCCCCAUCACGAAGCAAAGCUUUCCGGGCAAGGAGCACGACAUGCCCGACCCCAAGCCUACCCGCGACCAGCUCCCCAGCACCGGCGGAGGUGCCGAAACAUACCGCGCCGCGGACAAGCUACGAGGCAAGCGCGCAAUCAUUACCGGCGGCGAUAGCGGCAUCGGCGCGGCCACGGCGCUGCUCUUUGCCAGGGAGGGGGCCGUCUCGACGAUUGCGUACCUCCCAGACGAGGAGAAGGAUGCGCAGGACACACGCAAGCAGGUUGAGGAGAUUGGCGGGACCUGCCACCUCGUUGCGUUGGAUCUAGUCAAGAAGGAAAACUGCAAGGCCGUUGUGGACUUUGCCGUGGAAAAGAUGGGCGGCAUCGACAUUUUAUUCAAUAACGCAGCCUACCAAAUGAUGUGCGAAGACAUUGCCGACCUCUCCGAGGACCAGUGGGAGCACACGUUCAACAUCAACAUGCACGCCUACUUUUACAUGGCAAAGUACAGCCUGGCACACAUGACCAGCGGCGGCACCAUCAUCAACAAUGCCUCCAUCAACGCCUACGUCGGCCGUCCGGACCUCCUCGACUACACCUCUACAAAGGGCGCCAUUGUGUCGUUUACGCGCGGCCUCAGCAACCAGUACGUUGCAAAGGGCAUCCGCGUCAACGCGGUAGCUCCAGGACCCGUGUGGACGCCGUUGAUACCGUCGACGAUGAAUGACAAGGCGCAAAAGGAAUUUACGAGUCCGAUGGGAAGACCGGCGCAGCCGUCGGAGAUUGCGACGUGUGUGGUGUUUCUGGCUUCGCUGGAUAGUUCGUGCGUUAGCGGGCAGACUAUUCAUUGCAAUGGCGGAACUGUGGUUAAUGGUUAA